UACAAGCAGGUUUGGCUACGUCACGCACGCAGGGCGGGGCAGGCGGUCGGCGAUUGGGCAGCUAACGAAGUUCGGUUGAGGCGGCGGCUGUCUGCGGAAAAUGGCGGCUGGGGAUCGGGGCAGCUGUCGGUUCCGGCCGUUUCUAUGGCGAUGAGGCGGGUCGAGUCGGCUCGGGCCGCGUGAGCAAAAUGACUCAAGGAAAGAAAAAGAAGCGGCUGAAUCGCAGCGUCCUGCUGGCCAAGAAAAUCAUCAUCAAGGACGGAGGCACGCCGCAAGGGAUAGGUGAGCCUAGUGUCUACCAUGCGGUGAUUGUAAUCUUUUUGGAGUUCUUUGCAUGGGGAUUAUUGACAACUCCUAUGUUAACUGUUUUACACCAGACAUUUCCUCAGCAUACAUUUCUAAUGAAUGGACUUAUUCAUGGGGUGAAGGGAAUAUUAUCCUUUCUCAGUGCUCCUCUCAUUGGAGCAUUGUCGGAUGUUUGGGGCAGGAAAUCCUUUCUUCUCUUAACUGUGUUCUUCACCUGUGCCCCGAUUCCUCUCAUGCGAAUAAGCCCCUGGUGGUACUUUGCAGUGAUUUCCAUGUCUGGAGUAUUUGCAGUCACGUUUUCAGUGAUCUUUGCCUACGUAGCAGAUAUAACUCAGGAGCAUGAGAGGAGCACGGCUUAUGGACUUGUAUCUGCAACAUUUGCAGCUAGUCUUGUGACCAGCCCAGCUAUUGGAGCAUACUUGUCGAGGGCAUAUGGAGAUAACUUAGUGGUAGUUCUUGCCACUGCCAUUGCCUUGCUGGACAUCUGUUUUAUUCUUGUGGCUGUGCCAGAAUCUUUACCAGAGAAGAUGAGGCCUGCUUCUUGGGGUGCGCCAAUUUCAUGGGAACAAGCUGAUCCUUUUGCAUCUCUGAAGAAAGUGGGUCAGGAUUCGACUGUUCUGCUGAUCUGUAUUACAGUAUUUCUAUCGUACCUGCCUGAAGCAGGCCAGUAUUCCAGCUUCUUUCUUUAUCUCAGACAGGUAAUUGGAUUUUCCUCAGAAACUGUAGGCUGCUUUUAUUGCAGUUGUCGGAAUCCUUUCCAUUUAGCUCAAACUGUGGUGCUAGGUGUCCUUAUGAGGUCAAUAGGGCAUAAGAACACUAUUCUCUUGGGCCUUGGCUUCCAAAUUCUCCAGCUGGCUUGGUAUGGUUUUGGGUCCCAGCCCUGGAUGAUGUGGGCAGCAGGUGCUGUAGCUGCGAUGUCCAGCAUCACCUUCCCAGCAGUCAGUGCCCUUGUUCUCGGAAUGCUGACCCAGAUCAGCAAGGAGUUGUACAAGGAAUGAUUACUGGAAUCCGUGGGCUGUGUAAUGGUCUUGGUCCAGCACUGUAUGGAUUUGUAUUCUAUCUUUUCCAUGUGGAACUAAAUGAAAUGGGAGAAGUUGAUAACCCUGGUAAAGUUCCAAAAGGAAACAUGCAGAAUCCCACUGAUGGGAG